UGCGGGGCCGGCGGGAGCGCCCGAGCCCGGCCGAGCCGAGCCGAGUUCAGCCGAACGGAGCCCGGCCGAGCCGAGCCGAGCCGAGUGCAGCCGAGCGCAGCCGAGUCUGGCCGAACGGAGCCCGGCCGUGCCGGCGGGCGGAGAUGGCGGCGGCGGAGCUGCAGGGGAAGUACCAGAAGCUGGCCCAGGAGUACUCCAAGCUUCGUGCUCAGAACCAAGUCCUGAAAAAAGGAGUUGUAGAUGAACAAGCAAACUCUGCCUCACUGAAGGAACAACUGAAGAUGAAGGAUCAGUCACUGAGGAAACUGCAACAAGAAAUGGACAGCUUGACCUUUCGAAAUCAGCAGCUUGCCAAGCGGGUGGAGCUACUUCAAGAUGAACUUGCAUUAAGUGAAGCUCGGGGCAAAAAGAACAAGAAAAGUGUAGACUCCUCAUCUCAGCUGAGUCAAGAACAGAAAAGUGUCUUCAAUGAAGAUCUUCAGAAGAAAAUAGAAGAAAAUGAACGACUGCAUAUACUUUUCUUUGAAGCAGAUGAGCAGCACAAACGUUUAGAAGCAGAGCUGAGGAGCAGACUGGAGGUUUUGGAAACAGAUGCUGCCCAGCACCAAGCUGUGGUGGACAGCUUAACAAAGAAGUACACAGAGACCAUAGAAAAGCUGCAGAACGAUAAAGCCAAACUAGAAAUCAAGUCUCAGACACUAGAAAGAGAAGCUAAGGACUGUAGGCUUCGAACUGAAGAAUGCCAGCAACAGCUAAAGAAUCUUCAAGCAGCUUUGGGCAGUAGACUGGAAGAAUCUCUAUGCAUAAUUAAUGAAAAAGUACCUUUUAAUGACACAAGAUCUGCUCGAUACAAUGCUCUGAAUGUACCAUUGCACAACAGAAGGAAUCAGCUGAAGCUGCGAGACCUUGCUGGCCAGGCCAUGGCUUUUAUCCAAGAACUUGUAACAGCUCUCCUGAACUUCCACACAUACACUGAGCAGAAGGUACAGAUCUUCCCCAUUGAUUCUGCAACAGACACAAUAUCACCCUUGAAUCAGAAGUUCUCACAGUAUCUCCAUGAAAACGCUUCCUAUGUUCGCCCUCUGGAGGAAGGAAUGCUGCACUUGUUUGAGAGCAUCACGGAGGAUACUGUGACAGUCCUGGAAACAACUGUGAAAUUGAAGGCCUUCUCAGAACAUUUAGCUUCCUACUUAGGCUUUUUAAGAAAGAUUCUCCCAUAUCAGUUAAAAAGGAAGCAAAAGAGAGUUUAUGUGCUAGAGGGAAAAGUCUUCAAGCUUAAAUUGCUGCAAUCAGUUCCUUGCUGUGAAACUGCUUUAAGAGCUAGAAAUAUGGAGCUGCACAGAGACAUGAAAAGGUUGACUGCAGUCUUUGAGAAGCUCCACACAUAUGUCAGUCUUCUGGCCUUACCAAGUACAAGACCAGAAGGACUCCUUAGGACAAAUUACAACUUUGUGUUUACAAACAUUGCUGCAAGUCUUCAUGGAUUCCAUGACAUUUUAAAAGAUAUUUCCAAGCACUAUAGUCAGAAAGCUGCUUUAGAACAGGAAGUUCCAACUGCCACACAGAAACUCAUAACUACAAACGACUGUAUUUUAUCCUCUGUUGCUGCUUUAACAAAUGGAGCAGGCAAGAUGGCCUCCUUCUUCAGCAACAACUUGGAUCACUUCAGCACCUCGCUGAGCUACGGCCCCAAGGGAGGAGCAGAGUUCAUCAGCCCUCUCUCAGCUGAGUGCAUGCUGCAGUACAAGAAGAAGGCAGCUGCUUAUGUGAAGUCCUUGAAGAAGCCUUGUGCAGAUUCAGUGCCUUAUGAAGAGGCUUUAGCCAAUCGCAGAGUUCUGCUGAGUUCUACAGAGAGCAGGGAAGGUCUUGCACAGCAGGUCCAGCAGAGUUUGGAGAAAAUUGCAAAACUUGAACAAGAAAAAGAACACUGGAUGUUGGAGGCUCAGCUGGCUAAAAUUAAGCUAGAGAAAGAAAACCAAAAACUGAAGAACUCUCUUAGUGGACAUUUAACUGAAACUAUCCAGGAGCAUUCAGUUCUGCCAAAUAUAGCAGAACAAAAGAAGGAAACCACAGAAAAGAGUCUGAGGGAACCUAUUAAGAGCACCAGUCUGAUUGGAAUGUUGACUGUAACUACUGAUAAUGAAAAGGCUCCAGAUGUUGAGUCUCGUGAAGACCUGAUAAAAGCUCAUUACAUGGCCAGGAUAGCAGAGCUGACCUCUCACCUGCAGCUUGCUGACAGCAAAUCAGUGCACUUCCAUGCUGAGUGUCGAGCACUUGCCAAAAGACUUUCUCUGGCAGAGAAGUCCAAGGAAUCGCUCACGGAGGAGUUGAAGCUCGCCAGUCAAAACAUCACCAGAUUGCAGGAUGAACUGAUGACGACAAAGAGGAGCUACGAGGACCAGUUAAGCAUGAUGAGUGACCACCUGUGCAGCAUGAAUGAAACCUUGACAAAGCAAAGGGAAGAGAUUGAUACACUAAAGAUGUCCAGUAAGGGGAAUUCUAAAAAGAACAAAAAUCGAUAGUUUACAGCUGAGUCUUUGGAAGCUGCUGCUGCACAGGAUGCAGAUAGUGACCAUUCAUUAUCCAGUUCCUGUUUGUUCCAGGAAGCUGAGGCUGGUUUUGAGUCUAGUAAAAACUGAAUUGGUACUGUAAAUGGCUUAAAAAUAUUUAGAACUUGUAACAGAUAAAACAGAACUUAAUGUUGGCUCUAAACCAGGAAAUACUCUGUGGAUAAUUUAUAUAGUAAUUACCUUCAGUUUUUACUGUGCACUUUUUAAAACCAGGUUUUGAUUUCAUGUAACAACUUCAGAUUUUGUAUAUUUUCAAAUAUGUUUCUGCAUUAACAAAUUUGGAUUGGUGCAGUAGGUGUCUAUUUUUGAGUUCUACGUUUAAUGGUCAGCACAUGUACAUUCCAUUACUUGUUAAUAACAGUUUAAAAAUGAGUUUGGAGAGUCUUUUUGGCCAUGCAAGCUGUGCAGUUACUGUAAAUGUACUACUCCUGUUCUCAACCCUCUAGAAUUAAUUGGAAUUGUGGCUUGAAAUGAUUUUUACAAAUUCACCAAAUAAAUGGGAUCAUUGUUAGACUGCAACAGUGGAAACCUUUCCUGCUUGCAUUUGGCACUUUGGAUUUCGAGGUAAGGAGCACAAAUGGCUGAAUUGGGCUACUUCAGUGAAAUUGCUUUAAGGCAUUUCUGUAACAUUUUGUUUACACGUGUAUGUAAAUAUAUAUUGGUUGAAAUAGCUGUUUAAGGCUAGAGGAAACUGUGAUUGUCAUUUACCCUAAAAGAGUGAAACAAUGUGUGUAGAAUAGAUUAGCUUACUGUGCUCUCUUACAGUAAAGAAUAUGAAAUAUGUAAAAGAUUUAAGCACUGAAUUUGCAAAAGGUCUUCAUAGAAUUGAGUUGUGAUGGAUUCACUGGGGAGAUGCACAUGGCUUUUCCUGUGUUUUCAGAAGUUUGUGAACUUCAGGCCUCUCCUAAAUUUUGUUGUUUUUUUUUUUUUUUUUUCAAGUGAAGUUUAAUAUCACAAGUUUUCACAGCAUUGAUUUGUUGUUGGGGUGGGGUUUGUUUGUUUUGGGUUGUGGUUUUUUUUUUGUUUUUUUUUUUUUUCUUCAAUCAGAUGCUGUGCUGCUUCACACUUUUUACACCAGUCUUCUGUUCCAUAAUUUCUAUUAUGGCACUUGUUUGUCCCACGGGGGUUUACUCUGAUAUCAGAUGUGCUGAAAUGUAUUAUCAGUAUGUAAUAAUAAAAUCAACCACCUGAAA